CCUAGUUCUAGUGGGUGACGUCAGACGUAGGCCGGCAUAGCUGAGUUCGUGACGCUGUGUGGUAAAGUUUUGGGCGACUUUUGAGGGGGGAGCGGAGAAAGUUCGCAGUUUAGACUGGUGGCGGGCAAGAAUCUGUUCCACAUGAGAAAGAGAAAGUUAUCAGAUGGAGUGCGGUGCUCAGCACGCCUGAAGACCAGGAGCUGCUCUGGUGCCCAAUCCUCAUCUGACCAUGAAGACACAUACGGGCCUAAAAAGAAGGCAGUUUCUAGCAAAAACAUAGACAAAGAGUCUUCAAAGAAGUUGGAAACUGAUGAAAAGGGUCGGCUGGAAUCUGAUGAGCAUGAACUCUUAAACAAAACAGAAAAUGUAGCUUCUAAUGGAAGCAGCACCGGAAACUGUUCUGAGAACAGUGUAGCAAAUCCAAAAGAUAAUGGGACACAGUGCCCAAAAUUAAGGGUUAAUACGUGCCCUUCUGCAUCCCCCUUUUCUGAUGUGAAUGAGGUUUCAUGCAACGGUUUAACAGAUGACAGCGAGGAUGGAUUAGGGUUUGGUCACAAAACGUCCUUUGAGCCCUCUAAAGUAAGAGAGGUUUAUCUGAAUGGCAGUCCAUUUGUAGAUGAAGACAGCAAUCAACCAAUGCCUCUGGGGCUGUUUUUUGAAAAUGCAGAUCUAAUGCAGGACCUGCCUCCCGCUGUGCCUUGUUGUGCUUCGAUGAGCAGGAGAGAGUUUAGAAACCUGCAUUUUAGAGCAAAGGAAGAGGAUGAGGAUGAUGAAGACUAUACUGAUGGCUUGGUUAAUGAAGGAAAUAUUUAAGGUUCUGCCGAGCCAAGCUGAAUCGAUGUAUCCUGGGGAGAGAAUAAGUAUAAAUAUUUGUCCCAUGUAAACUGUUUUAACUUCAGACUCGUGUAAGAAGACCUGAAGAACAAUUGUUGAUUCAUUAGAGUCUUUCGUUAUUAACGUAAUAUUUUAUAUUAAACGCAAAACAAGGUAGGCUGUUAAAGCCUAAUAUUUUUUUUCCCUCCUUAGAACCAAGACUCUCCCUAGCUAAACCCAACAACUUGCAGUGGUUUGUUUCGCAAGGUAUUUGAUUGACUCACAUCUACAGCCAAAGUUUUUUUUGAACUGGGGAGCGGUCAGUGGUAUUUUGAAGGAUAAUAAUGUACAUUUAAUAGGAUAAAUGUAGAUAUUCUGCAAGUGAUUCUUCUAUAUGCAGUAGAUUCUACACAUAUCUUAGUCGGUGCAGCUUUUUUUUUUUAUAUAGUAAAAACAUGCAGUAAUAAUGUGAAAUCACUUGUGUAAAUUAUUGAGUUUUAAAAAGCUUUAUUCUAAUCUGAUACCAAAAAAAACUAACACAUUGAUACAAAAUUACAAUUUUUGGCAGCUGCCAAGUGAGGCUAAAUAAAUCUGUUUAUUAAUGUAUCAAACAAAUCAAGUGUUUCCCUUGGAAUCAGAA